AUGUGCAAAAUACAAGGAGGCGCCAAGGUUACCACGGCUGGACGCGCUAAUGGCCAUAGUAGCGCUAUCCCAGCAUGGAGAAGAAGAAUUGAGGAACGUAUCGCAAAGGCUAGAGCUCUCAUCGGCGGACUGAUAUGCUUCAGAUCAGGCAACAACAGGCCAAGAAUUGUGCGCACCGUCAGGAUGGCGUUUGCUGGGACAAAUGUCAGUUUGUCCCAGCCGGAUAUAACGCAAAAACUGACGGAGCGCAUAGAUGAUCUGAAGCAGAGAAUCGCUGCUUGGGGAAAGCGGAUUCGGCGAUAUACCGAGAGGUCGAUACGGUUCAACCAGAAUCGUCUCUUCCAGAGUGAUCAGAAGAGGCUCUAUGAAUCAUUGGAGCGACCAAUGGUAAGUGGAACGGGUCCAGCACCGAAUCAGGCUGACACUGUAGCAUUCUGGCGCGGCCUGUGGUCAGAGCCCGUAAACCACAGCGAGGGCCCUUGGACGGAAGUUGUGGCGAGUCAGUGUGCGGGUAUUACGCCCAUGAACCCCGUCAUCAUAACGCCGGAUGACGUAGCUGAGGCGGUCCGUAGGGCCCCGAACUGGAAAAGUCCGGGGCUUGACGGGCUGCAUCACUACUGGCUGAAGGGGUUCAUGGACAAUGAGGAUAAUAUGAUCAAAUACGACCACUGCGAUAACGUUUCAAUAUGA